AUGGCAUCUCCUUCCACCGACCCCGUCGAUAUCCGACGGAGAAGUGCCGCCUCAAGUCCUGCAGCUGGAUCUCCUCUACUCGGUUCCCACUCAAGACACGCUUCCAUAGCUCGACUAUCCUCUCCCGUGCCUUCCUCUCGCCUCAAUCUCAACACCCCUCCCAUUGCACAAGUGCCUACGCCUCAACAGCUAGCAGCCGACACCCGUAACAACUCCACCCUUCCCAGGAUCGAGCAUGGAACCUCACUCUCCGGCCCAGGUCACUCGGCUCUGUCUACCGCCCUGGCUGGCAGCUUGACUCACUCUGCUCCAAUUGCUCGCACUCCUGAUGCUCCCUCCACCCCCAAACAGUCCUUCCUCAACCCCUCCGCAGGCCUUGGGAGCCAUGAUAGAUUAAACAAUUAUGGCUCGUUCGGCACUAGGGACAUGGCUGGUAGUCCUGCUCCCACCGAGGACCCUGAGGUGGUUCGACGGCAUCUGGUUCAAUCCGACCACCCCCCCACUCGCCCUGGACGAUCACUUCGUCUCGACCUGGAUGGUGAAGCCUCCGGGCUAGCCUCGGACGAGUUCUCGAGUCUCCGCCUGCAGGGGGGAGAUGUUACCCGAGCUGUUUAUCGGUGGGCAGAAGAUCAGGAUCCGACUCAGGCUGGUAGGGGCCAGCGAAGCAAAAGUUUCCAUGUGCAACGGCCAGACCCAGAGAGUGAAGUCUUGGAUAUCAACAGCAUUCGCGUUCCUGGUGGGUUUCGCCGCAACUUCAUCCGACGAGCCGGAGACUCGCCUGCUCCUGUCGGGCGCACCGGUGUUGGAGCGCAUCGCACAGGGGCUCGUGUGAGCAAUGCUUCCAACACACGUCCGCCUCCGCAGCUCUUCACAAACAAUUUCCUGGAAUUCUUGACUCUUUAUGGGCACUUCGCAGGUGAGGAUCUGGAGGAAGAUGACGAGGUUCUUGAGCCGGACGAAUACUUCUCUUCCGACGCUUACGACGACGAUGGCAGUGAUCGUGAGCCCGGAGAAACCAGUACACUUCUAACUCCAGGUACGCCAGGUCUGCGCCGAAGGAAACACAAAGAACGAGCACCCACAGGGAACAAUAGUCGAUUGAAUGCUGCUCUAUUAUUGCUCAAGUCUUUCGUGGGUACCGGUGUGUUGUUUCUUCCUCGCGCAUUCCUCAAUGGCGGCAUGCUUUUCUCCUCGUUGGUCCUGUUAGGCGUUGCCAUUUUGAGUUUCCACUGUUUUAUCUUGCUUGUCAAUACUCGACUUCGGGUCGAAGCCUCGUUUGGCGAAAUUGGCGGCAUCCUAUAUGGGAGAUGGCUCCGAGGCUUGAUCUUAUUCUCCAUUGUUAUCAGUCAAGUGGGAUUUGUCGCUGCCUAUACCGUCUUCACAUCGGAGAAUCUGCAGGCAUUCGUUCUUGCUGUAUCCAAGUGCAAGACCUUUAUCGACAUCAAGUUCAUGGUCCUCAUGCAACUCAUCGUCUUCUUGCCACUCAGUUUGGUCCGCGAUAUCAGCAAGCUUGGUUUCACUGCUUUGGUUGCUGAUGCCUUCAUCUUACUGGGUUUAAUAUAUCUGUACUAUUACGAUACGUACACCAUCAUCGACUAUGGUGGAGUCGCGGAUAUCACCUUGUUCAAUCCUUCGACCUGGACCCUUUUUAUCGGUACCGCCAUCUUCACUUUCGAGGGCGUCGGCUUGAUCAUCCCCAUUCAGGAAACCAUGAAGGAGCCCAAGGCAUUUCCUAGUGUUCUGGCGAUAGUCAUGGUCAUCAUCACAGUUCUUUUCACCUCAAUUGGUGCUCUCUCAUACGCGGCCUUCGGAUCCCAGACAAAAACCGUAAUCCUCCUUAAUCUUGCCCAGGACAACAAGAUGGUGAACGGCGUUCAGUUCCUAUACUCGCUCGCAAUCUUGCUCAGCACUCCACUGCAGCUUUUCCCUGCCAUUCGUAUCAUGGAAAACGAACUCUUCAGCCGCUCCGGCAAAUACAACCCGUACAUCAAGUGGCAGAAGAAUGUCUUCCGCUUCUUCUUGGUCUUCGUCUGCGCUUUGAUUGCGUGGGGCGGCGCAGGAGAUUUGGACAAAUUUGUGGCGCUGGUGGGAAGCUUUGCAUGUAUCCCCCUUGUGUACAUCUAUCCCCCUAUGCUUCAUUUGAGAGCUGUGGCAAAGACCCCUUGGCAACGUGGUUUGGAUUAUCUCGUCUGUGUGUUUGGCGUCGUCGCUUGCGUCUACACCACCGUCCUGACAGUUCAGCAGUGGAUACAGGGCAGUGCGGCAAAGGCACCUGGGUAUUGCGAUUCAUAG